AUGCAGCGCACCCAAGCGGGCGGCGCCCCACUGCCGCAGUUGGCCGUCCCCGCUCACCAGCACUACCGUCCCCACGUGCACGCGCACACGCGCCAACACGCACACGCGCACAUCCUCUACACGGACAUAGAUGACCAGAUUCCGGCGUCGGUGAUCAGCAGCGUAGGAACGGUGAGCCUGUCCCAGUCGUCGACCAACCCGACGCCGAGCACGGCGAUGGCGAAUCCAACGAACCCAACGAACCCGGGCAACUCGAGCAGCAACGGGCAGGGCGGCGCCCAGCAGCCGGCCGCCGCGCCCGUGCCCCGGAACCUGCCCAAGAAGCGCAAGUUCGACCCCUCCGAGUUCGAGGAGAUCGAGAGGAGCUGCGCUUCGAACGUGACACCCGCCGCCGGGUACACCGCCCCCGUGCUCCCCUCCCCCAUCGCGCACCGCUCCCCCCCGCCGGUCGAAUGCAAGCCGUUCUCCAUGUACCCGAACAUCGACCUAUCCGAGUGGCGCGACCACCGGGUGCUGGCCAAGCAGCGCGGCCUGUACGUGCCCGGCGUGAUAAGGCAGGCGGACGGCUGCACGGUGGCCGUGGAGCUCGACGGCCACGAGGGCGAGACGGCGCACUACGGCGACGUGUUCGGCGCGAACAAGUACGACGUGAUAAGCGACGCCAGCCCGCAGCUGAGCCACCUGCAGAUCGGCUCGGCGUGCGUGGUCCGCACCUCAGACCCGACCAGGGAGGGACUGCAGAGCGUGUUCGUCGAGGGCCUAGUGUACGAGGUGCACAACUCGCCGAUCAGGAUCCGCGUGAGGGUGUCCGACGGCGAGAUGUGCAAGGACACCGUCGAGGUGAAGCGGGCCGACAUACGGCUGCUGCAGCCGCCCUGGGCGGACGAGCUGGAAGACGCUGACUCGCACGCGGCCGCCGCGAUGUACCCGCAGGUACUGCGCGCGCACCCGCCCACGCAGAUCGGCGGCGACCACUUCUACACGUCGUCGCCUAUGUCGAGCGCGGUCGCCACGUCGGGCCUAGCCAACGGCACGAUGGACGAGCUGAGGAAGCGCGCCUUCGACGACUACGGCGAGAGCGACGACGAGCUGCGGCGCGAGGACAUCAUGUUCCCCACCGACGCCUCGCACAUGGAAUGCAACAAUAGCAAAAGAAGCAGCCUCCAGAGUCGUGGCAGCACCUCGAGCCUGCUCGAGCGCAGUCUUACGCCGCGCUCGCAACCGCCAACCCCUCGGUCUCAAGCGGCGACGCCGCACAAGUACAAGAAGGGCGACGUGGUGUCGACGCCGACCGGCAUCCGCAAGAAGUUCAACGGCAAGCAGUGGCGCAGGCUCUGCUCCAAGGACGGCUGCACGAAGGAGAGCCAGCGCAGGGGCUUCUGCUCGCGGCACCUCUCCAUGCGCGGCGUGGCGCGCUCGGCCAACACGCCGCUGGCGCACUCGGCGCACACGCCGCACCAGAGGAGCAGCAGCAAGUCGCUGUCGUCGAGCGGCACCUGCGUGGAGGGCGAUGAGACCUCGCGCGAGUCCGACACGACGCCGCCUCACUACCGCGUCGCGGGCCGCUUCGACCCCGACGAGACGGAGGCCGCCAAUAUGCUAGUUUCGCUGGGCAGCUCGCGUUCGGGCAGCCCUGGCGCUUCCCCGGUGGGGGGCGGCGCCUCGCCCGCGCUGCGCAGCAACGUGUUCGUGCCCAUCUCCUCGCCGCAGCCGCCGCACGCGCCCUCGCCCUACCACAGCCUCAUCAGACCUGAACUAGUCCGGCCCGGUAGAGUUAGUUCACCGAUUGGCAGUGUUGCCACCAGUGUCAUAAGGGUAUCACCGGCUCCCACUUAUCAUUACCAGGCGGAGAGCCGGAACGGGCCGUCGAACCUCCAGACGAGCAGCAUCGGCAUCCAGCCGAGCGUGAUCGGCAUCCAGACCGGGCUGAGCAUCCAGGGCGCUCAGGGGCUGAGCGCGCCGAGCGCGCUGCAGUCCACGCUGGGCCUGCAACCGGCCGCGGCGCUCAGCCUGCAGCCGCUGCAGCCGAACCGCGCCGGCAAGCUCGACGAGCACCCGCACAACCUUGUGCUGCACAGGGGCCCGAGCAACGGCGCUGAGCCCGAGCCGCCGUACCGGCCGCAGCAGCACGCGCGCAACGGCUUCUACGACGCGUACCGGCGCGACAGCCCGCCCCCCGCGCCCCGCGACAGCUUCAUCGCCAAGCGCCCCCCCGAUUACGAGGACGACGAGCUCGCCGCGCCCCCCGCCGAGUGCAAGCCGCAGUUCGAUGACAAGCGCCUCGUGAAGCCGGCCCCGCUGCAGCCGCGCCCCCUCUCGAUGGUCGACGCAGACUCGAAGGACGCGAUAAAGCGGCUCUACGUCAUACCGCAGAACAGCCUCGAGAAGAAGCUGGUGCUCAUUAAAAAGGAGCCAACGGAGACUGUCCAAUUAGAGCCGAAAACCCAUCAGCUGUUACAGAUGAGCAACAACGACCAGGAUCCGGAGCAGAGAGGUCUCGACAACGGUGAUCACAUCAACAACGUAGCUAAUAGUGCAGUAAUUGUACAUCCUAGCCAAUUACUUCCCGUGCUCCCGCCACCGACGUCGCACACUGCCAUAAUCGUGUCGACGAGCGGCGUGUCGGGCGGCGUGUUCCCGUGGCACUCGCUGGUGCCGCUGCUGAAGGCGGCCUCGCCCCCUCCCGCGCAGCCCGCCGCGCCCCUCUCGCCGCGCACGCCACGCACGCCGCGCACGCCGCACACGCCGCACACGCCGCACACGCCGCACACGCCGCACACGCCGCACACGCCGCACAUGCCACACGUCAAGCCCGAGGAGCAGAUCAAGACGGAGGGCAAUGAGACCGUGGGUUCUAUGUGCGCAGACGAGGACGACGAGGUGUUCGAGUGCGAGGAGCCGGGUUCGAGCGGGGGCGAAGACUCCAAGCGACGCUCGCAAAGCCUCUCCUCGCUCAACCAGACCACGGCGGGGCCCGAAAAAAAGGAGCGCCGGAUCCGCCGGCCCAUGAACGCGUUCAUGAUAUUCUCGAAACGGCACCGCCAAAUGGUGCAUCAGAGGCACCCCAACCAGGACAACAGGACGGUCAGCAAAAUACUCGGCGAGUGGUGGUACUCGCUCAAGCCCGAGGAGAAGCAGAAAUACAACGAACUCGCCAGCGAGGUAAAAGAAGCACAUUUUAAAGCGCACCCGGAGUGGAAAUGGUGCAACAAGGACCGACGGAAGUCCUCCAGCAGUAGAGACCCCACGGGCUCGAUGCCACAGAGUCCGCGCACUCCGUCGGAGGGCGCCGCGGGCGCUCCGCCCCUGGGCGCCGUCUACGGACACGUCGGCUCGCCGCAGCUCAGCGACGACGACCAAAUGAUGGGGCAGCCGUCGGUGGAGGAGGCGCCGCCCCACGGCGAAGUGGAGCUGAAAUGCGGCGAGAGGGUGGCCGACUCGGACUCUGAGGGGCAGGACGCGCGCGAAUACAUGCCCCAGAUGGACCACACGCGCCGCCCCAAGCCCAUCAAGGCCAGCAUCCUCAGGGCGGGCUCGUCGGACAACCUGCUCGGAGGGAUCACGGCCUCGAGCCCCGGCGGCUCCAAGGUGUUCCAGCCGACGGGCGGCGCUUUCAAGUCCACCCACGUCGACACAGGCGAGAACCACAGACAGUGGACGGCGUUCACCGCCGUGAACAAGACGAGCCAGCCCAGCCAGGUGGCCAGCUCGCCCCACCCGGCGCAGACGGCGAACAGCGUCCAGGGCAUAUCGCUCGGCGCGCCCAAUCCGUCUACGCAGGCGGCCCUGGACAGCGCGAUAGCGUCGAUAAUGCACUCGCCCACCACUAGUGGUGUGCAGGUGAUAUCGAGCGGCAUAUCGAUACCCGCCCAGUCGAUGAGCCAGACGCCCACCUCGACGGCCCUCAGUAACGCACUCCUCAAAAGCGUCACCCUGGUGAAGAGGAACAUUGGAGACAACGCCACUGCUGGUCCGAUAACUCUAUCGGUCGACGCGUCCGGCAACCUCUUCACCUACGUGCAGUUGCAGAGACUGUACGUACCAUCUUUCGAAGCCGAGGCCGAACAAAGCAAGGCUCAGAACGUUCACAGCGGCCAGUCGGUCAUCGUCUCGCAGAGCAACCACGUGCCCAAGACUAAUGCUCAAUGGGAAACCCCCGUGGAGGAAACUCGCCCCUUCCCACUGGCCCCGACUCCUGCUCAACUCGGCAGGGCGCCGCUACAGAAGAGAUUGAGUCGAGGCACAUCGACGAGUUCGAACGGCAACGAGGCGCAGUGCCGCAGUGAGAGUGCGCCGUCGGCAUCGGCCGCCCCUCCCACCCCGCACGCCCCUCAAACCCCGCACGCCCCCCAUACUCCCCACGCCCCCCACACUCCCCACGCCUCCCACAAUCCCCACGCCCCCCACAAUCCCCACGCCCCCCAGACCCCUCACGCCCCCCACACUCCGCACGACAGCUCGGACGCAUUGCCGUCGCCAAAGCACGCGGACAACCUGCCCAGCCCCUCGCUCAAGAAAAGCCUCUUCAAGAAGGGCAACGAGGAUGGUCGCGACAAGGUCUUGGAGACGGUGAACUUCGAGCAGAAGUUCAGCACCCUGCCGCAGUUCAAGCCUGAGGCGUGCAGCCCCAGCGCGAUGGUGGUUCCACGCAGCCCCCAUUUCCUAAGGAAGAAGCACAACAAACUAGAAGAUGAAAGCGCCGCGGUGACGCCUCAACUCGAAGCCGAAGUGAUGAACGGCGGCGGUAUGCCCACGCCCCACUCCUACGGAACCCCGCACACCACCACCAAACUCGUCGGCAACACGUUCUUCGGUCCCGACUUCAAUCUGGACAGUUUUCGAGCGAGCACGGACCACGGCGGCGAGGAGAUGUCGCCGCACACGCCGUGCUCCGCGAGCGUGGGCGGCGUGGGCGCACGGGCCGAGGCCGGCCACAGACGCGUGCUUGAGCAGCGGCGCCACCUGGUGCUCAAGCUGUUCCAGGAGCACGGCAUGUUCCCCACCACGCAGGCCACGUCCAACUUCCAGACAACCCACAUGGACAUAUUCCCGACCAAGAUGUCUCUGCAGUUGAAGAUACGCGAGGUGCGGCAGAAGCUCAUGGCGCAGUCAAACCUCACCCCCCACUCAGAGGUCAACACGCCAACGAAUGUGAACUCGCCGAUAGUCUCAGCCGCCCUGCAGCCCACGUCUACAGCCAGU